AGAUGGUGGAGCAGAAGAGGGAGGUCGGGGGCGGUCAAUGCCCGAUGGCGUGGACUGGAACGCAACGCUGGAGAAAUCCUGCUCCAGAAGGUGACGAUGUGCAACGAUCGAUCGAGCUGUUGGACAAAGUGCUCUCAGAGUACGACGAGCACGAAACAGAGGGCGAAGGCGGUGGAGGCGUCGUCGGUGUCGGCGUCGGCGUUAACGCCGUCGUCGGAAUCGGUGUCGGAGGCGGCGGCAACGGAGGCGGGACCGGCAGAGCCGUCGGAGAUUGUGGCAACGGCACGGAACCGAGUAUUGGCCUCACGCCCGACGACGAAAGUCCGUCCUUAGGACAUCAAUCCGAGGACGACGGUUACAUGAGCAUGAAUGGACGGAAAGCGAAGAUGGCCCUCGUAGCGCUACGUCCGGUUCCAGACUGUCCGGAGCCACAGGAUCCCGCUGGAAUAUCCGCGCAGCAAUUUCCCCCGCCGCCGGAGGAAGCCGAACGAAUCAUUUCCACUUUGUUACCUAUGGUAUCGCCAGGAAAUUCGUCGAAGAGAAGCGGCCGUUCGGCGGAUCGUCGAAACGGACGGCAACAAUGGAUGAUAGCCAUGGAAGAUAGCAUACGACAGGGAAACGGUAGCUUGGUUACCACUCAAACGACUCUCCCCAAGACGCGACACCAGAGACCGUACGGAUGGGAGAACGGGAACGGAAACGGGAACGAAAAGGGAAACGCGAACGGGAAAGGGAACGGUAACGGUAGUCAACCCCUCAAGCUGGCACAACCUCCGAGUCCUCCGAGCAAAUUCGCCAGCUUGCCGUACGACGGCAAGAUAUCGUUCGGAUGGAUUCCGCCGAGGACCAAUCCGACCACCGUCGAGAAACAUCGCGAGGUUAAGCGCCGCUCCUCCGAGGAGGAGAGAGAGGAGGGAGGCGGACUCGACGCGGAGAAGAUCGGUAAUCGGCAAACUUUCGAGAAAGAUCGCGCGUCCCAUCUGCGAAAACAACGUCAGAACGAGAUCACCAAGUCGAGCAGCGUGGAGGACAGACUGCUGAUGAAUCACGAGCGAUCCGAUCGAACGGAUCGAAACGAUCGGAGAAGGAACGACUCGGACUCGAGCGAAGGCAGGUUCUCGAGAAACUCCGAGUCCGAGAGAUCCUCGAUUCCCCGUUCCAGUUCGGUCAGCGUCGAGAGGUUCUCGAUGCGAGCUACCUGCGACUCGUCCGACUUCUCCAGAGCCAACUCGACCUCGAACGAAAGGUUCCACUCGGACUUCUCGAUAGCCGUGGCCAGCGCCAGCUCCAACGAUCGAGUCUCGGUGCCGACCUCCGAUCCCUUCUCGAUUCGAAACUUGGACUUUGCCUCCUUCUCUCUGCCGAACCGAGCCGACUCGAGCGAGAGAUUCUCUGCCCCGACCUCGGACAGAUACUCCGAGGAGCGUUACUCGGACAUGUUCUCCACCAGAAACUCGGAUUUCUCCACCAGAAAUUCGACGGACUUCCGAACGCAAUCCGAGGAGGAACGAUUCUCGGACGACUCGUUGGAAGAGCUCUUGCCUCCUCCUCCUCCCAUCGGCAAGAGACACUCGAUCGCUUGGGAAGUGCCCCUGGAAGACGAUCCGCUUUACGCCCCCGGCAGCACCAAGGUGAUCGGAAGGAGACGACGGAAGAGCAGCGACGUGUCCAGCGUCGGGUCCGCGUCCAAGCUUCGCGAUUUGGACGACGAGUGGCAAGAUCCGCGACUCUCCACCACCGACGAUGACCUGGUUUCUCCGUACUCGGAUUCUUCGACUAACGACCUCGACCAAAUACGACCGCAAGGAUUGACGAAGAACGGCACCUACGUGAUACGUCGCGGUCGAAGGAAGGAACGAAAAGGGUUGCCGAAAGCUCCUACCAAAACCAAAAGCUUGUCUUUCGAGAACACCGAGGCAAAUCGGUUGUCCGACGCGAAACGAUACUCGAGCACGUUCAACGACGUCAGGAGUCUCUUGCGAGAGAACAAAAUGGAAACGAGUAACGAUCCACCCGCGGAAUUCGCUUCGUCCGUUCCUCCCGACCUGGUUCGGGUGGUCUCGCUACCGGCGAUCAACGACGAUGCCGGUAAUCGAGCACAGCUCGAGGUAACGGUCGAAGAGGAGGAAACCUCGGACAUUUCCGACAAGGACAAAAAGACGCGAGAGGGUAUCGAGCUGCUGGUGCGCUCCUCGUCCUCGGCUUUCGCGUCGUUCUCGCCGUCGUUGACGACCGGCGACGAUGCUCGUCGGCUGGACGCCAAACGAGAGAACGUCGAACGAACCGUCACCUGCAACGGGACCUCUCUGUCGGCCUCGAACAGCUACUCGAAAGGGUUCGGUGUCCCCUGUAGCGGAAGAAUUUUCACCGGCGAAAACUCGAGCAUCGACGAACAGCCGGUUAUGAAGAAAUCUUCCACCUCCGGUCUCGGUACCACCAGCGAACAUCACAGAUUAUCCUCGAAAAUCCCGGUAAACCUAUUGAUCGAAGACCAGAUCGUGAAGAAAGCCUUGAAGGAGAAUCGUCGUCAAUUGGAGAAAGUCAGCGACGCUAUCAAGGAGAUCGAAAGCGUUAAGAACAGCGAGUCGUACGCGGAGAACAGACGACGAAAAAGCGGCGGAGCAACGGACGUGAAACAUCCGACUAAGAGAAACAGCCUCGAAAUCGAUCGAACCGAACGGAGACCGAUCGACGACGACGACGACGAGGACGAGGAUGACGCCGGCGACGGCGACGAUGACGACGACGACGACGACGAUGAUUUUCUGGCCGAAUCUCGCGCGAAAAAGCAACGGGACUCUGACAUAGAGUCGGACGUUUCGAAGAACAGUCCCGAGACGGAUUUCGACGGAAGAAGAGCAAACGGAACGGAAGUUUAUUCUUCCGGGAGAAGAUCGCGACAGAACGGCGUCGAGAAUCAUCGAAACGAUCAAAAGCAGAUCGAGAACGUGAUCGAUGCGAUUCUCGAAGAUUCCAAGAACCCGGAAUUUCAGGUGAGCGUCGAGGUUCUAGAAUUUCCGCCGUUACCGCCUUCUCCCGUGGAGGAAGCGGACGAGGAGUGCUCGGACAUAGGUCAGAACGGUGGCGCAGGCGGUGCGGUAAUCACCCCGAAACCUAAAAGCCACAGCAAUCGAACGAUGGAAUACAGGCCUAGAGUUCCGCCGCAUCGAGGUCCUACCGGUAUCUCUUCUUCCACCGAUUCCAAAGAUCAGUUUCAAACGUCUCUCAACACCAGAUCCAUGGACGCUGGAUUUUCUCGGGGUAGACGCACACCUACCGCCGGAAAUUCCACUAGGCGAGAGCAAAUCCCGGUGGAAAGACGUACUUUGCCUACGGAUUUACCCGGACCUUCGCGGCGGCGACCCUUCACGAAAAGGCACUCGCNGUCGACCGAAGCUUGCCUGUCUUCCGGUGGAAGCGGCAUCGUCGCGGGAAAUGGAAACGGGACCGAGAACGGCAACGGGACAGGUACGGGGACCGGAAACGGCAAUGGAAACGGAGCUUGCGGCGGUAGCGUUAACGGUGGAACCAAUUCCGCCAACGUGGCUACCGGUUCUGGGAUGCAGACCUCUUGUUCGCUGCCGGAAACACCCGUUUUCGCCAGAGGGAGCGAUAUUCCUCGAACUCCCCAGCACGCGAACAACUCGACGCAGAUGCGUCGGCAACCUGGUUGGUACGCGCCAACCACGGCUACCACCGGGUAUCGACGAAACAAUCCAGGUUUGGAACAGGCGAUAAUCGGUACGGAGUUGCUUCGGCUAGCGGGCGGUCCCAGUCGCGGAUGGUACCCGACCAGGAAGGCGAAUCAACCACGGCCGGCUUCGAUCGAGCAUCUGGAACGAUUGAACAACGCGUACGACGCACGGCUAGCCGGAACCGGGGACCAGAGGAAACCGUUAACUUUGCCCACGAACAUCACACCGAACAAAUACUUCGGCCAAAGUAAGCACAGCUCCGCCUCCAGUACUCGCGAGGCGCUACGGAGGGUCACUAGCUUGCUCAUCAAGAAAGGAAGCGGAAGCAAAGACGGCAAAGGUGGGAAGGAGGGUGGCUCGUCGUGCGGUCCUUACGCCGCCGCCGAAUGCGGGGACGCGCCGAAGAAGAAAGGAUUCUUCAAGGGUUUCUGGAAGAGAUCGCGACAUUACUCGUUGGAAAACCAAUAGCCCAGGAUAAGCGGUAAGGUGACGAGCCAACGGCAGAGGCACGCGUUACGCCAACACCAUUAUCGACAACAACGCGUCCCUGCGACCGCUCUGACGAACAAUGCUUGUUGCUGCAUCGUCCAGUAGCACCUCCGUACCGCUUCGUGGCAAUUGUUCCAGCGACGAGAUUCGCGUUUCUCUUCGUCCAUUUCGUCGACCUUUUAGUAAGUCGCCCUCGACCGGCACCCCGAAUCCGACGAGCUACGCCAAGCCCGUGGGUAAAUCUUUUUUCCAUACUUUACAAUUUCUUUCUUCUUCUUUUUCGUUUUCCUUCGCUUCCUUUCCCUUUCGUUUCAUUCUUUUUUCUGUAUCUUUCUCUGUGUCUCGAUCUGUUUCUGUAUCAUUCGCUGUCGUUAAACGCGUUUCGCUCGAUAUCGCCAAACGGAACGGAGGCAGAGCCACGUUGUUCGCGUCGUCCUUACCGCGCAGAUCGGUUCGAUCGCUUGUUCGUUUCGAAAAAUCGUUUCUCCGUCUCUCUUUUUCUCUCUCGGUGUCUCGACGCGAACGAGAACCGUCUAAUAAGAAUCUAACUCUCGUACGCGUGCGUGUACGACGGACACUGUUACGCGCACGAACCUACCGAGCGACGAUAAUUCGUUAAACAAGUUCGUACGGCUUUAUCGAACGAUGAAUCUCGAUUCAACGGAACUUUUACUUUACAGAAAUUCGCCGGUUAAGUCUAAAUAAUCUCAUCGGGGUGGAAGGUAAGAUCGAUCAAUUUGGAACGAGUGGUCGGCUACUCGAUUAGCGAUGCCAAAAAAAUCCGAUAAUCGGUCGGCUUUAAUAUCGACGCAGCGACGAUCGACGAUCGAUGGCAGCCGUUUUUCUUUUCCGAU